AUGCCCAAAGGAAGCCUCGAUAAGUACUUGUAUGGUGAAGUGGACAACAACACAUUAAGUUGGGAUCAAAGGUUUUGGAUCAUCAGGGGCAUCGCAUCUGCACUGAUUUAUCUCCACGAGGAGUGGGAGAAAGUAGUUGUCCACCGAGACAUCAAGGCAAGCAAUGUGCUCCUUGAUGAUGAGUUGAAUGCUCGGUUGGGUGAUUUUGGUCUAGCAAGAUUGUAUGACCAUGGUGUUGAGCAAGAAACUACUCGUGUUGUUGGCACCAUUGAAUGGCUAGCUGCCUCACGGCGCACGGGGAAGGGUACUCCUCUUACCGAUGUAUUUGCCUUUGGUAUAUUUGUCCUAGAGGUCACUUGUGGCCAAAGACCUAUCAUGCAAAGCACACAAGAUAAGCAGGUCAUGUUGGUUGAUUGGGUGCUUGAGCAUGCGCAACAAGGAUCACUCGCUGAUGCAAUAGAUGUGAGGCUUAAAGGGGACUACAAUGUCGAAGAGGCAUAUCUGGCACUGAAGCUAGAUGGGCAUAUUGAACCACCUGAGCUACCAGCACACCAGAGCUUCCAAGCACUGGCCUUGAUGCAAAAUGAAGGGUUUGAUUCAUACAUCAUGUCAUAUCCUUCUUCAACGAGUGCAGGCACAGUAUCAAGCAGUUCAGGAGGAAGAUGA